GUGGUGGCUCGGCCAAGGGGCACACCGAGCUGAAUAAAGCGAAGACCGAGGACAUCGAAGCCUGGCUGGCUGCUCCGGAGGUCUGCGAUGCCCACCUGAUGUUCCCUGUAGACAUCCAACGUCAGGCAUGGAGCCUAGCUGCAGCCCCUGAGGAGUACCUUCGCUUUCGGGGGGCGGAGCAGGACAAACGCAGUACACGAGAACUGUGCCAGUCCCUCCAGCUGCUUUCGAUCUCGGCGUGGCAAGGAGCCCGGCGCUCAGCGCUGUCUUGUCGCCACGAGGAUAUCAGUUGCUUGAAGCCCCGACGGGAGAAUGCCAUGCGUGUGCUGUCGCGGCAGUGGAAGGAGACAUCCAGGCGGGCUGCCGGCGCAGCUACCGCAUCUGUCGAGAUCUCCUUCGCUGGGAACGAGACUCCCACUCUCCUCCAGGCUUUAGCAUCUUCGGGGCAGCUGGCUCUUUCCCAGGCGAUGGGUGCAUCCCCGGAGGAGCUCCAAGCCCUGGCGUCUGAAGGCGGGGCGGAUGAAGCCCUGUCUCGCCUGGCCAUGGAGCUCGGGCGCCUGGCCCGGCAGGUCAUGGAGCAUUCGCGGACCAUCUGGGGGCUGAAGCAGCUAGCUCUGGAGCUCUCCGAUGUUUAUCCCAACAUCCAGAGCCAGCUGCCUACAUAUCGUUUUCAGACGCGCUUCUACGGCAGGCAUUUCGACGUGCUCGAACGCCUGCUGGAUGGCCUGGAGAAGCAGAAAGGUCAGCCUGAUGUCGAGAUUCGCAUGGCCGAGUUGGGUGUCGCGUGUGGGCCCAUGGGCCUCCAUCUGCUCGCGCGUUUCCCACAACUCCGCUACUUCGGCGCUGACCCGACGAUCAAGGACGAGGUCAGGGAGGCAUACUC